AUGGAGAAGUUUAGAAAUGCACUUGACUGGUGUUCCCUGAAUCUGAUUUUUGACAGUAGGACCAAAAUAUACUUGGCAAAUAAUAGGAGUGGUCAAAAUUUUACAAAAGAACAAUUGGAUCGAGCACUAGCCAAUCCAUCUUGGCUAAAGGAAGCCUCCUGCAUAGUCAACCCUGCUGUGAAAUCAGACCACUCAGCCUUGCAUAUCAAUUUAGGAAACCAAAGAAACCAAGGAAGGCCUCAGUCCAAACUCUUGAGGUUUGAAGUAGCAUGGACCCUGAAGGAGGGCUAUGCUACAACUCUUAAGGAGGCAUGGGGGAAAGCUAAUCCUGGUGAGAGUCAUACCACCAUGAUGACUAGAAGAUUAAGCAAUUGUAGCUUUGCUCUUACGAGGUGGAACACAACAGAAAAUAGAAGCUCACCUACUGAGAUUAAACAAAAAAUGGAAAGGCUUAGUGAAUUACACAAAGCAGGCAGAGGGGAUCAAGUGAAUUCUAUUCUCAAGUUGCAAGGUGAGAUUGAGAAAUCCCUAGAUGAGGAAGAUUUGAAAUUGAAGAAAAUGGCAAAACAACAUUGGCUGAAAAUGGGAGACAAAAAUACAAAAUUCUAUCACCUACAUGCCACUCAAAGAAGGAAAGCCAAUAGGAUUACUCAAGUCUUCACCACAUCAAAUCCUUCUGGUAUUGCAUAA